CGGCAAGGUUUGGGAUGAAAUGUGAUUGUCGGACAAGGAUGUACACGCCGUAGUGAAAGGUACCCGGAAUUGAGAUUCCCAUGCAGCUAACCGCAACAUUAUGGCCGUGAAGAAAUUCUCGCAGCAUCUUCACAAUUCAGCAGGCAUGCGAAACUCGUUUACGCGAGCCACGGGUCCUGAUGGCCCGCUGAGUUGGUUCAUUGCUGCGCUCUGCUUUUUGGUGAGCCUACUAUACUCGUCCAUCUACCGAUGCUCAGGAAUAUUCUACACUUCCAUGAUGACUACGUAUGGAACAACCCGGGCUGAAGCGUCGAUGCCCUUUGCAAUCUACGGUGGAUUUUCUCACCUCUCGAGUCUUCCAGCUGGGCCACUCAUACAAGCAUGCGGAGUGCGAUUUAGCGCCUUCAUAGGAGGUGUUCUGAUUUCUCUAGAGUUCCUUGUAUCUGCAUUUGCAACUGGAAUACCCUUCCUAAUAGUAUCCAUAGGUGUCCUCGCAGCAGGUUUCACGGCAAUGGGAGGCUUCAUGACGCCGGUAAUGAUAGGCUUCUUUCGGGACACAAUGGGAUCAUACGAUGGUCUCCUCUACUUCAUGGCUGCACUGCUCUUCACAUCGUUCUUGCUCCUUUGUUGCGUGUUGAUCACAAGCAAAAAAUCACGAUCAUAA